UCACACGUGAUUUUAAAUACAAGUGACCACGAUCUGUAAGAUUUACUUCAUCUCCGUGAUUGCAUCUAUUUCAGAUAGUUCAAACAUGCCAUCUGAAAGAAAAGUGCAUAUUCUUGACGAGAAGGACAUUCCAUCGCAAGUGUGCGCCUUCGUAGCGGAUAAAAGCAGACAUGCAAUUGAAUCGCGUGGUCAAUUUAACGUGGGCGUGUCCGGUGGUAGUGUGGCUAAAAUUUUAAGCACUGGCAUGCCCGGUUUAGAAAAUAUUGACUGGACGAAAUGGAAAGUAUUUUUUUGCGACGAACGUCUAGUGCCAUUUGACCACGAGGACAGUACAUACAAGUUUUUUAAAAAAAACAUGUUCAAUAAAGUGAACAUUCCAUCAGAAAAUAUUUUCCCCAUUGAUCCAUCAUUGAGCGUUGAAGAUGCAGCAAAAGAUUAUGCAAAGAAGGUGGAUAAGGUUCCAAAAGAAAACAAUCUUCCUGUGUUUGACUUGUUGAUAUUAGGUAUGGGACCUGAUGGACAUACAUGUUCCUUGUUUCCUGGCCAUAAAUUACUACAGGAAACUGAAGUCGCAGUUGCCCCGAUUAGUGAUUCACCAAAACCUCCACCGUGUCGAGUUACAUUAUCGUUUCCUGUUAUCAAUGCUACGAGAUGUGCUAUGUUUGUAUCAACAGGUGCUGGUAAAGCAGAUAUUUUACAGAAAGUCCUUGAAGGAAAUGAUUCUGCUCCUCUACCUGCUGCUAGGGUAAAACCAACAAAUGGUGAGCUGCAUUGGUUUCUGGAUACAGCUGCGGCUGCUGGAUUGAAAGCUAAAUACUAAAUCCAUUCGGUUGUCAAACCUACAAUUUGUUCUGAAGUGUAUAUAAAAGAUUCUCAGAAUUCAGUAAAAAUGAGUUGUAAAACUAGUCUGGAUAUUGUAAUUAAAAAAAAAACUACAUGUAUAUGGACAACCAUAUAAUUUACUCUUUGGAUAUGGGCAUAUCUCAAGGUGUUCAUAUAGCUGCAAUGAUAUUACCGGGUAUGUACUCUUAUGUAAUUUAAACGGCUCAGCAGGAUCAGCAUGCUUUACACCUAUAAGUGCUAUUGACAGCAGAGACAUAGACCACAGGAUAAAAAUAUGAUGCUUUUAAAGAAAGUCAUUCAAUAAAAAAGGGAGAAUGUGCAAA